AUGUCUGCCGGAGAUGAAAAAACUGCCAAAAGCUCCAUUAGUGAGAAAGAUUCACAGGGAAUCAGUUCACAAGAUGAAUCAGACAAAGAAUUGCAGAAGACGCAGUACGCUGGCGAAGGAGGGACAUUUGAUGCUGGCGAAGGUCAUCAAUUCUACAGGCCCAUUGAUAGCUAUGAAGGGCUUCACCGGUGGGACCCCGAUUUUCAAUGGACUGAGGAUGAGGAAAAGAAGAUUGUUCGAAAGAUCGAUCUUCGUGUCUGCACAUUUGCCUGUGUGACCUUCUUCGCGCUACAGCUUGACCGAGGCAAUGUUGGCCAGGCAUUGUCAAGUACAUUGUUGCAAGACUUGAAGAUGACCAGCAAUGACUACAACCUGGGGCAGACGAUCUUCCUGGUUUGCUUUUUGCUGGCGGAGAUGCCGUCUCAGUUGCUCUCUAAGAGAAUCGGACCAGAUCGUUGGAUCCCCAUACAGAUCAUUGCAUGGAGUCUGGUCGCAGCAUGUCAAGCCUUCCUGAAGGGUCGUGGGUCUUAUUUGGCUCUUCGCGCUUUAUUGGGGCUUUUGGAAGGCGGAUUCAUACCAGACACGAUACUGUUUCUGUCCUUCUUCUACAAAUCAAGUGAGCUGCCGAAAAGACUUACCUGCUUUUGGAUCUCCUAUACAAUUGCCGGAAUCAUUGGCUCGUUCUUAGCGUUUGGCUUUCUCCACAUCACAGACUCCAAUGGCGGUGGCUCUUGGCGAUACCUCUUCGCAUACGAAGGAUUGAUCACCGGUGUGAUUGGCAUUGUCGCAGUGUUUUGGAUGCCCGCGUCUCCGGUCCAAACAAAGGGGGGACUCCGUGGAAAAGACGGGUGGUUCACAGAGCACGAGGAAAAGAUCAUUGUGAACCGAGUGAUCAGGGAUGAUCCUAGCAAAGGCACAAUGCAUAACCGACAAGCACUUACUCCAAAGCGUUUCUGGGAAUCUCUCAAAGAUUACCACAUGUGGCCGAUCUAUCUGCUUGGAUUGAUUUGGAUGAUUCCUACCACGCCAUCAGCCAAUUAUCUCACCCUUCAGCUACGCUCGCAGGGAUUCACGACAUUCCAAACCAACUUAUUGGUAAUCCCGUCUGCAAUUAUUUCAAUCACAACAAUGAUAACCAUUACCUGGAUUGCAGAGCGGACCAAUCAACGAUUGCUUUGCGGAGCAUCGGUUGAAGUGUGGAACCUUAUGUUGCUCAUUGCAUUGGUGGUCCUGCCAGAGAAAACAAUGCCUUGGCAACGAUGGGCUAUUCUCACGCUUCUUGUUGGAGGGCCUAGUAUUCAUCCUGUUGUGGUGGCUUUGACUUCACGGAAUGCCGGAUCGGUGCGGACUCGUACAGUUGCUUCUGCACUAUACAAUAUGUCUGUUCAGAUAAGUGGUAUUGCAGGUGCUAAUGUAAGUGUCGAUUUCCUCUUUUCUUCUUCAUCACAGUUCAAGCUGGGACUCCAGGAUGCUGACCUUUUCGCACAGGUUUACCAAACAAAGGAUGCCCCGUAUUACAAGCAUGGAAACAAGGUGCUCAUCGCAUUGUCUAUAGCGAGUGGGACUCUGUUCGUUGCAGCAAAAUUCUACUAUGAUUGGUGGAACAAGAGAAACUCGUCCAAAUGGAAUGCCAUGACAAGCGAACAACGCGAGCAAUAUCUCCGCGAGAACCCAGUGCUAACAAACAAAAGGUAUACAUAUCCAGUGUGCUUGUUCCAUAUCCACACGAUCACAGCUAAUCAUUCGUCUUGCUAG